CACCGAAAGAACGAAAGAAGCACCAAAGUAACGAUGUAAGCACCAAAGGAACAACGAAAAAAGCACCGAAAGAACAUAAAAAGAACCAAAAGGACGACGUAAAAAGUAUUGAAAAAACGCAUAAAAAGCACCGAAAAAAAAAACUACCAAAAGAACGACGUAAAAGUCACCAAAAGAAUGACGUAAAAAAUCACCAAAAGAACGACGGAAAGAACGACGUAAAAGAGCGAUGA